UUGAAGCUCAGCCUCGGAUGAGGAAUAUAUAAAAUAGUUUUUCUUAAUUUGUGUAACGUUUUAAAAACGCAUUGGAGCUGUGCAAGUGCAAUAAUUGUGCGUCAAAAUGCGUCAAUUCAAUAUUUCGGUCAUUGGACUAUCUGGGACCGAAAAGGAUCGCGGCCAAGUCGGUGUCGGUAAAUCAUGCCUCUGCAACAGAUUCAUGCGGCCAAUGGCCGAUGAUUAUUUUAUAGAUCACAUAUCAGUGCUCAGCCAAAGCGACUUUAGCGGUCGCAUUGUGAAUAAUGACCACUUUCUCUAUUGGGGCGAAGUGCGUAAAACAACUGACGAGGGCGUCGAAUACAAUUUCAAUAUCAUCGAGCAGACAGAGUUCAUGGACGAUUCCACAUUCCAGGCCUUUAAGGUGGGCAAAAUGGAUCCGUAUUCGAAGCGCUGCACCGCCACCAAAGUGUUCUCUGCCGAGAAGCUCAUGUACAUAUGCAAAAACCAAUUGGGCAUUGAAAAGGAAUACGAACAGAAGGUAAUGCCCGAUGGUCGUCUGAGCAUCGAUGGCUUUGUCGUUGUCUUCGAUGUGAGUCCUGUGCCCAAUCGCAGCGUGGAAAAGCAGGUGGAGUUUGUGCAGAAUGUUAUAGCGAACAUAAUGAAAAACAAAAAGCCGCUUGUGCUGGUGACUACCAAAAAUGACGAUGCCUACGAGCUGUAUGUGCGCGAGGCGGAGAAGAUUAGUCAGCGCAAGGAUUACAAGAGCACGGUGCAGUUAAUUGAAACAUCGGCGCAUGAGAGUAUUAACAUCGAUUUGGCAUUUUUGAUGCUGGCGCAAAUGAUUGACAAGGUUAAGAAUCGCGUCAAGAUCAUAUCAUAUCAGGAGUCGGCCAAGUCGCGCAAGGAGCUGCUCGACACACGCUCCGAGGCUGUCACAAGGCUCAUACGCAAUCAGAUAACGGAUUAUCAUAUAUUGUGGUCGCAGGGCUCCAAGAUGCUAUCGCAGUAUCGCGAAUGGAACGAGUUCCUCAACAUAUUCGGCCACGAUGCCGGCCAGAAGCUGUUCCGUCGUCACAUGAAGAAAUUGCGCGAUGAUCAUUUAAACAAAAAGCUACAUCAGUAUUUGGAUAAGUUCGCACUGGCCCUCGAGUAUCUAUUGCCCGAUAUAAGCGCGCUCAAUAUAAGCGACGAUGAUGCCUGGGAGUGUGCCCGCAAUUACUUGCAAAAUCAUAUAGAAUUCGAACAGUAUUUCUUCGAGUGUCCGCAGGCCACUUGGACGGAGCUGGUGGACAUGGAUGAGGCGGAGGAUGAGUCGCGCAUACCCUUCGAUGUGCUCGAGACCAAUGAGGCAGAGACGGUAUUCCGCAACUAUUUGAAUUCAGUGCAGCAGGAUAAGAAGAAAAUUGGCUGGAAACAACAGUUCAAAAUGCUGCUGGAGGAAUCGGGCUUUGUUACGCCCGGCAAACAGUUGUCCGAGGUGCGUGUGCUGUUCAUGGGACGCGAGUGCUUUGAGGCGCUCUCGGAGCACGAUUGCCAGCAGAUUUAUGAUAUACACCAAGAUGAAAUCAUUGAGAAGAGCAAACAGAACUUUGUUGAGUUGCUGCUGGAGCAUGCACAAUACUUUUUGCAAUUCAAAAACUUGGACAUUAUCACCCAGGAGGAUGUGCGACAAAUAACCGAUGUUAUACAAGAGGAUUCACGCUACAAGAUGCUGGAUCGCCUGGAUCAGGAGCGACGUGUUAUGUUGGUGCAACACUUACGCUUCAUACACUGCCCCAUACGCGAUCAUUGCCCCUUCUUCAACAACUGUGUGGAUAAUCUCAUUGAAGAGGUGCUCUCCGACAAGUCUGUGAGCAAUCACAAGACUGCAGUCGGUGGUGUUGGCAGCGGCGUGGGUGCUCCCAAUGGCGAUCGUACAUUAAAUUUACUCAUUGUGGGCUCCGAGCAUUUGGCCAGCGAUUUGCUCAACGAUAUACGCAUCUGCACCGGCAGCAAGGGCGAAUAUAUAUAUGAGAAUCAAACAUAUUAUUUAAAUUAUCGCAUUGCCAAUGGCGAUAUGGAGGCCUUCAAGGCCAUUGAUGUAUACUCAAGCGGUCUUAUCUGCGUUUACUCCAACCAGCAGUCGUUUGAGACGCUCAAGGACAAUCUGGAGCGCACGCUUUUGUGCAAUCUAGAGCUGGAGGAUAAAUUUGAGAAUCUACCCAUUGUGCUUGUCUAUCAGCCGCAAGAUCUCAAAGAGAACGAAGUUGAAUAUCUGCGCAGCGAGGGCAUUCGUCUGUCCGAAAUGCUGCACUGUGACUUCAUAGAUCACACGCAAAAUCAUCAGAAAUAUGUCUAUGAUAUACUCAAUAUUGUAAUACUCUCGCUUAAGCUGAGCGAAAUGAAAAGCUAUGAGCCAUAUCCAUCUGCCAAUCAUACAGACUUGCGCAUACUUGUCUGCAUCUAUUGUGGGGAUCAGUACGACAUUGAGAAUAUUGUCCAGCCGUUGAUAGCCGAGUCGACUAUUGUGAAGGCCAAUGAGCGUGCGAUUAUUGUGGAUGUCUUCAUUGGCGAUGCCAAGCGACGUGUGGAGUUUAUACUCUCGUCGUACCAUGGCACACAUCAGUAUCGGGAUGAGCUUAUCCAUGGCUAUAUCUACAUAUACUCGGCCAAGCGACGCUCAUCUCUGGCCAAUCUCAACAUAUUGGCCGCGCAGAAUGCGAACAUUCCAUUGCAGCUUGUUGCCGUCACCGAGAGCGGUGGCAUGAAUGCGUUUUUCAAUAAUGAAAUCUGUCAGUUCCUCAUUACCGAGGGCAAUACGUUGGCGGAUCGCUACAAGGGCAGCUUUAUGACCUUCUCGGCGGAUCAGUAUGUCAAAUUUGCUUUUUAUAAUCCAUUCCUGAAGACAGCCUGGGAUAACAAAUACGAGGUGGAGAAUUUACAUGUGGAGGAGUCAAUUACUUUAGAUUCGGGCGAGGGCACGCUUGAGAAUUCUGUUAAUCAGAUGCCGCGUCCACCGCCACGGCAUGAGAGUUACAUGCUAUCCAAUACGCUUGGCACCGAUGGCUCCGGCAGCGAGAAUUACGAAAUGCUUCCUACUCGAUCUCUCAACUCAUUAAAUGAAGAAAGAGAUAUAUCUUUAGAUGAAAUCUAUGAUGACAGCAACGAAAAACCCAAACAUUUACAUCAAACGGAUGUCAGCGGGUCUAAGGAUUCAUUGGCCCCUCAUGAUGCAGAGUGGCUGGAGGAUAAGAACGAUGUUCGUCGGAGCAUGAACAAGAAUUCCAUUUGGAAUAAUUUUAGCGGGUCAACACAUGCCUACACCACUGGACGGCGUCACAUUGACUCCAAUUUGAACAAAAUUAGGCCAAAGGGGCCAAGCCAAACGUUGAAGGUGGGUGAUGCGCCCAGUCGCAACUGUGCCAUGAGCAGCUCAACUUUCACGCUACCCACACAGCAACCUGGCAAGCUCAAUAUGAAAAACUUUCAGCUUGUCAGCGAUGCAGUGGCCAAAAUGAAUUUUAGCAGCAGCGGCGGCAGCAUGGGGGAAUCCUAUCUAGCAGGUUGCGAACCGGGCGACAAGGAUGCCAAGCGUUACGAUCAUGCACAGCUCGAUGGCGAGGAUGAGGACUCUGAGGAGCUAGCUGAAUAUGAGCAAAUCUAUGAAAAUGAAGACUGCACCGAGUCGGACAGUUGCGCCAGCUCGACAGAGCGACGUGUGCGCCAGCAGAAUGCCUACUACAAGGCCAACAAGAAGGCUGCCACCAACAAGAAGAACAAAAAGAAGAAGGUGGCCAUUCCGGUGCAGACGCCAAGAGUGCCACCAUUUGGUGCGUAUGUCAGUCCGCCAGAGAUUCCAUUGCAUUAUCAGCGCAUGGCCGCUGUGGCGGCGGCUGGAGGUGAGAAAAAAAAAGGCGACGGUGGUGGCAUUAUGCCCGAGUUUUUGAAGAGCGACAAAUCGCCAGAGUAUUCAAUGGUGCCGGAGUUGACAGCUGCGGGCAUAUUUGGUGCUGAAAAUUUGCCCGAGUACAAUAUGAAUGCCAAAUGCUUGAAGGACUUUGAGAAGCUGGAGAAGCGUCGCAUUAAAGAGGAGACAGCGCGACUGCGCAAGCUGCAGGAGAAGGAAAAGGAGCAGGAGAAGAAGCUCAAGCGCAAGCUCAAGCAGAAUGCUGCAAAGGGUCUCACCGAGACGACAGAAGCGCAAUUUGGCAAGCUAAUGAUAACCUCCGAUAAGGAUGAGAUACCCAUAUUCCUUAUCAAAUGCGUGGAGUUUAUCGAAAAGGAGGGAUUGGACUCGGAGGGCAUCUAUCGCGUGCCCGGCAGUCGAGCGCAUGUGGAUAUGCUCUUCCAGCGGUUCGAAGAAGAUACCAAUACAAUUAUUGAUGUUCUCGAUAUACCGGUGAAUGCGGUGGCCACUGCGUUGAAGGAUUUCUUUUCGAAACGCUUGCCACCGUUAUUCAGCAAGGAUAUUAUCAAGGAGUUGGAGGAGAUUGCCGGCUCACGAGGCGUGGGUUCUUCCAAACUGAACGUUGAGGUGAAAACAGAUCGCAGCUGCCGUUUAAUAGCUUUAAAGUCAUUGCUACAGAAACUACCACCCAUAAACUUUGCCAUACUCAAAUAUAUAUUCCAGCACUUUGUGCACGUUUCGGACAACUCCAAGCUAAAUAGCAUGGAUAGCAAGAAUUUGGCCAUUUGCUGGUGGCCCACAUUGAUACCCAUCGAUUUCACCGACAUGGGGCACUUUGAGCAGCUGCGGCCAUAUCUGGAGGAUAUUGUGCAAACCAUGAUCGAUCAGUUUCCAUACUUGUUUUGCGGCAAGGACGCUUUUGUGAUGGUCUAGACACGCUCAAAGUAUAACCGUAAUAAUAAUAACACCAACGCCAAUAACAACAUUAUCAUCAUCAUCAACAAUGACAACCAUGCCGCCAGCUCAAAAAGAACGAAUAACUUGGAAUGCAACGGAAACGUAUCGCAAAGGAAUGGAACCCAUCGAUCGAAUUAAAGAUCUUUAUUAUUUCUCAUAUAGACAGACAGCAGUUUAUUUGCAAAUUGUCUUGUCUUCAUUGUAAACGCAACAGUAUAAGCUCCAUACUCUUAUAUACUUCAUAUGUAUAUGUGUGUGUAUAUGUUCAUAACUAUGCGCGCGUGUAUGUCUGUUAAGUAUUCGUAUAUUGUGAAAUGGAAAAAGAAAAUGCAAGCGCCAAACGCCAACGCAAAUGCAAACGAAAUUAAAAAAGAAAAGAAAGAAGCCAGAAGCCGUAGUUAAGUAGGGUAUAUUUAUUUUUUUAUAUGUAUAUGUAUAUGUAAUUUGAAUGUAUAUCGCGAUAUAACUGUA